AUGUUAUUCCCCUACUUUCAUAGUAACUGGGAGGUGCUGAUUGACAAUCAGUUGUGGAUUGACCAGAGAGUAUCAGGCAUCAAGGUCGGAGAGACAGGAACUCAUUGGGAGAAACCGACGAAGAGGAAGACAAGUGAGAUUGUAGAGGUGAGUGACGACGCCGACGAUGACUCUGAUGACGAUGGUGACGAAGAUGCCGAUGACGACACCGACGAUGAUGUCGAAGGCGAGGGUGAAGGUGGAGGUUCGAGUUCCAGUAAAAGGCCUAGAGGAGAGAAUGCCGGAGAGGGCAUCUCGAGCAAGGCGGGCUCAAAAGGUAAGGCAGGGGGCAGCUCGAGCAAGGCGGGCCCGAAAGGUAAGGCAGGGGGUAACUCGAGCAAGGCGGCCCAGAAAGACGACGAUCAUGGCGAGGACGACAAUAAAGAGGCUGAGGAGGGUGGUGACGUUGACGACGAGGAAGAAGAAGAGGAAGAGGAGUAG